ACUUUCUCUUCUCUUUUUUUCUCUUUUUUUUGUCUUAAUUUCUUUUCUUCUUUUUUUUUUUUUAGCCCGCCCCCAAACUCGUGAUGAAACGUAUAUAAGAAUAGCAACUGUCGUGUUCUUUAGAAAAGAAAAAAACGCAAUCCCAGCAACCGCAAGGUUUAACUCUGACCUCAUUCAGAAGUUAGCUUUAGAGCAGAGUUGGCAGAGCUGUUAAAGCAUAGGAAAAAGACAUGAAAAUUGAUGAUAAUACAACAUAGGUUUUACUAAAGCUAGAUCAAGCCAAAGUGGGAGGACCUUAUGGUGGGAUGCUCUCGGUGGUUCUGCUUAGAUGCCUCCAUACAAGAGGGCAUGAGGGAGUGAAAUGCCAUCUCUGUAGACAGAUUCAACAUGCAGCUUGCUGCCAAACUCUUAAUGUAUCUGUACUGAAGAGUGUCUGAAGAACAUUAAGGCAGCUAAAUCUCGUAGAUUUUUCAUGGGAAGAGUAAAAAGUCCAAUACUGGGACUAAUGACCCUUCCACAGAAAAAGUCUAGAAAAAGAAUGAACUAUUUUUGAUGAAAGUGCUUUCAGCCUUCUUUUUAAUGUAAGAAAACAAUUUAUUUUUACCCAGUUUAAUCCCAGGAAGGGAUGAAUUCUUUGUGUUGAAAAUCUCUGCUCUUCUAUGAUUCAGCCUUGACCUAGAGAUCUCGGGGGGGGGAGUCGGUGUGGCUAUCUUGUACAGGUCUGAGGAAGCUUCUUCUAAAGUUGUUAGAACGUUAAUGAUGGAUAAAAGUAUUUGUAUUCGCCUACGAUAUUCCUCUAGCCUUCAUUAUUAAAAUAUUUUUAUUAAGUGCAAGUAUGUUUCUGUGGUUUUGGCAUUUAAAAAUAAAAGCCGUAAUUGCAAGUAUUUUGCCUUUAUAUAGCAAAUUUAUUUUAAACAUCCCAAUUCAGUGUCUACCUGUCUCGAUAAAUUCCACUUGAAUUUUGAGGUUUGUCGGCAUCAGUUUUCGACAGAGCAAGUUAUCUUGAGUCUUGACAAGACCACUAAAUUUAUUAGGCUUUAUCUCAGAAACUUAGGUGUUGUCUUUAUGCUUUGGUUUUUUAUCUUCUCGUGUGUUUCCCUUCAGGGAAUCACAGUAUCUAUAAUGCAUAUAAUUAUCUUAAAAUUGUAUGAGCAUGCUGGCAAGCUUACUUCAGGCAUACAAAAGGAUUGGAGUCAGUAAGAUAAAAGCCUUGUGAUAAACUGUGCAUGGGAUGUGUAGCUCCACUGUCAUUCUGAUGAUUUAGGAAGUUGGGGACUGACUAUUCAUGUGGUGGUCAGCUAAAGAUAUCACGGCGCAGGCUAUAUGGUAGAGUGGUCAGAGUGUAAUGAAUGCAGUAUUUAUAGGUGAAGGUUACAUCUUUUUAUUCCACAACUGAUAUAGUUAAGAAGGAAAAAACAGAGCUUCCGGGCACUUGGGUCCUUUUACAAGGAUUCACUGGAUCCUAAACUAUCUGGAAUGUUGGGAAGCUGCAAGCUGGGAGUGAGGAAUACCUGCCUUGCUGGUGCGUUCAUGCUGCUUCACGUGACAUGCCAUCUACUCAAAUGCCUGUGUUGCUGCGUGCAGCAGUGGCUUGAUCCUUCCGUGCCCAUUUUUCUCUCGGAAUAUAUGUGAAUUUCAAACCCAGUAUGGCUCAGAAGAGGAGCUCAAGUGGGCGGUCAUUCCCAUUGCUGCUGCUGAUUAUUGUUGUGGCCUUUGUUCAUUUAACCGUCUGUCCCUUUACAAAAGUGGAGGAAAGCUUUAACCUACAAGCUAUCCAUGAUGUGGUGUACCACCAACUGGACUUGGAUAAGUAUGACCAUCAUGAAUUCCCUGGAGUUGUCCCAAGAACGUUCCUUGGACCAAUUUUUAUUGCUGCUCUCUCCAGCCCAGCUAUAUAUGUACUUUCUGUGCUAAGAAUGUCCAAGUUUUACUCCCAGCUGAUAGUCCGAGGAAGUUUGGGGCUCAGUGUGAUUUACACAUUAUGGAAGUUGCAGAAAGAAGUUAGAAAGCAGUUUGGAGCAACUACUUCAACAGUCUUCUGUCUCAUUACUGUUACUCAGUUUCAUUUGAUGUUUUACUGUACACGAACCCUACCUAAUGUGUUUGCACUUCCUUUUGUGCUCCUGGCAUUGACAUUUUGGAUACAGCAAAAGCAAAGGCCAUUCAUUUGGUUCUCAGCUUUGGCAAUUAUAGUCUUCAGAUCAGAGCUCUGCAUAUUCUUAGGCCUCAUGCUCCUGGUGACGUUAUUAACUAAAAGAAUCUCCAUUUUCAAGGUGCUUUCCCAUGCUGUUCCUGCUGGAAUUUUUUGGUUGGGGCUAACAGUUGCUGUGGAUUCUCUGUUUUGGAGGCAAAUUGUGUGGCCUGAGGGGAAAGUGCUGUGGUAUAACACAAUUUUGAACAAAAGUUCCAACUGGGGAACCUCCCCCUUCUUGUGGUAUUUCUAUUCAGCCCUGCCUCGUGCUUUGGGAUGCAGCAUUAUAUUUGUACCUUUAGGUGUAGCAGAAAAGAGAACUCGGAUAUUACUUUUGCCAGCACUGGGCUUUAUUUCCUUGUAUUCGUUUCUCCCACACAAAGAGCUGCGUUUUAUCAUAUAUACUUUCCCUGUCUUCAACAUAGUGGCUGCUAAAAUGUGCUCACGAAUUCUGAAUAACCACCGGAAAUCCUGGCUGUACAAACUUGGAUCUUUCUUUGUUAUAAUGCAUCUUCUAGUUAAUGCUGCUUAUUCAGGAACAUCCUUGUAUGUUUCACAUUUCAAUUAUCCUGGAGGAGUGGCAAUUCAGAAGUUGCAUGAGUUGGUACCUUCAACAGCAGAUGUUUCUGUUCAUAUUGAUGUGGCUGCAGCACAAACAGGAGUUUCUCGGUUUCUAGAAAUCAAUUCAGAUUGGAGGUAUGACAAAAGAGAAGAUGUUAAACCAGGAGACCAGUUGAUGUUUUCUUACACACACAUACUGAUGGAAACAAACCCUCUUCAAAUAUCACAUUACAAGACAACCCACAGGCCGCUGGCAAAUAUACCUGGCAUCAGUAAAAUCGGGUUGAACCUCACUGUGCUACCUCCUUUUACUUUAAACUUGAAACCAAAAUUAGUACUGUUGGAAAAACUUCCUCUGUCGUCUUGACUGUGAAUUUUAAGUAAGUCUUUUGAUGUAAUUUUGCUGACGACUGAAUAAUCUAACACAGCAGCAAAUUGUCAUUCCAGCACUGCAAUUCAGCUUCUGUGGAAAGGCGCGGAAGAAUCUUUGUACCGAUUGGUAUUUAGCUCCGUCCUCUUUCUUCCAUAAAUAUUACAAUGCAUUCCUAGCCAGUAUAUACUCGAACACUGAGUUGUAUUGCUAGAUAUGUUUGAGAGAGGCUACCUACAAGUUUAGUGGUAUUAAGUAAAACCUGUCUACUUGGUUUGGGCGCAGGUGUGUCCUAUAACGUAGCGCAGGUAUGUCCUAAUUGUCCUAUAUAAGCUACAUAAUGGAACAGGUUUGUGCUACGGCAAUAAUUUGAUAUGUAAUCUAUGUGUGCAAAGAUGUAUUACUUGAUGUAUCUGCAGAAUUGUAACCCCCUCCGUUGUCAGAUUGCCUGUGUGAAACUUAAUGAUGUUAUCAACAUAGGAAAGCCAUAUUCAUUGUAGCUUCAUCACAAUACCUAAUUGUGCCCUGUAGGCUACCAAACUAAUUAAAGAGAAAGAUUCACUUAAAAAGCAGUUGGACCUCUUGACAAGCACUGUCUCAUAACAGACAAGUAUUGAAGGAUGGUUGUCUUUAUUCCAACAGUUCAUGAAUAAGCAGCAACUUGGAUUUCCCAGGAAAAAGAACUUUUUAAAAUAAUGUUUCCCUCAUCUGCUGCAACGAUAUUAUCUGAAUUUGCAGUGCAAAAAUUUACCUAUGAAAAUAUUCACUUGAAUACACUUUAAGAAGAUAGGUGCUGUUUUCCUUUUUUUAUUAAGUAGUCCCUUUGGAAAGGAAUAGCCUAAUGUGCCAUGUGUUGCAUUCUAUAAACUAGAAUAAGAUAGCAUGCUCUGUAAUCUCUUCUUUAUUAGAUGUUUUUGUUAAGGAUGUCUGCCUAGAUUGCUGAAUGGAACAAGUUAAAGGGGUAAACUAAGGGGGGAAAAAAAGUUAAAAUUUUGGUCAGGGCCAGUUGUAAUAUGUCAGGAGCUCCAUUAGUGUAAAACAUGAGUAUUGCUGAAAUAAUCAUGGGCAGAAAACUAUU